CACUAGCUAUCUCUCAUUCAAAGCAGGGGGAAGAGAGAGAAUUGAGAAAGUUUGGAUUUUGAUAUGUAUGGUUGGAUUUUUCUGAGACCCACCACCACCUCCCCAAAGCUUGUUGUCUGUCCCCACGAACGAACUACAUUAUUAUUGUUUCCUUUGAACUUCUUCUCUCGUUAGGGUUUAGUCUUCUUUCUUUCUCUGUUUUACAUUGGCUCUUGAGCUAUUCUUAUAGCUUAGUAGGCCUUUGUGUGUGUGUGAAUCUCACCGAAAGCGAAGUUCUUUUGGGGGUUUAUUGCGAGAAUGGGAGCUCUGCAUUUUAGGUUGGUGAAAUUGAAUAGAGGUUUCUUUGUGUGUUUAUGGCUGUGUGGGAUGCUCUCACUGUCCUGCGCAGCAGCGAGGUAUGGCGCUUCAAGGCAGAAGUUUGAGGUGAAGAAGCACUUGAAUAGACUGAACAAACCUGCUGUGAAGAGCAUUCAGAGCCCAGAUGGAGAUAUAAUCGACUGUGUUCCUAUCUCAAAGCAGCCAGCUUUUGACCACCCUUUCCUCAAAGAUCACAAGAUUCAGAUGAGGCCUAGUUACCACCCUGAAGGGCUAUUUGAUGACAAUAAGGUAUCUGCAAAACCAAAGGGGAAAGAAACUCACAUCCCUCAGUUGUGGCACCGGUAUGGCAAAUGUUCUGAAGGAACCAUUCCCAUGAGAAGGACAAGGGAAGAUGAUGUGUUGAGAGCAAGUUCAGUUAAAAGAUACGGCAAGAAGAAGCGUAGAACUGUUCCUCUUCCUAAAUCUGCUGAACCUGACCUCAUCAACCAAAAUGGUCAUCAGCACGCCAUAGCUUAUGUGGAAGGAGAUAGGUAUUACGGAGCUAAGGCGACUUUGAAUGUGUGGGAGCCAAAGAUACAGAACACAAAUGAAUUCAGCUUGUCGCAGAUAUGGCUUUUGGGUGGUUCCUUUGGACAAGAUCUUAACAGCAUUGAAGCUGGUUGGCAGGUGAGUCCGGAUCUGUAUGGAGACAAUAACACAAGACUCUUCACUUAUUGGACUAGUGAUGCCUAUCAAGCUACUGGUUGCUACAAUCUUCUCUGCUCAGGUUUUAUUCAAAUCAACAGUGACAUAGCAAUGGGAGCAAGCAUCUCACCAGUCUCUGGAUAUCGUAAUUCCCAGUACGAUAUCAGUAUUCUAAUCUGGAAGGAUCCAAAGGAGGGACACUGGUGGAUGCAAUUUGGGAAUGGGUAUGUUUUGGGAUAUUGGCCAUCAUUUCUUUUCUCCUACCUAACAGAGAGUGCAUCAAUGAUCGAAUGGGGAGGAGAAGUUGUGAACACGCAGUCAGAUGGUCACCACACUUGGACACAGAUGGGAAGCGGUCAUUUCCCAGAAGAAGGUUUCAGCAAAGCAAGUUACUUUCGAAACAUCCAAGUCGUUGAUGGAUCCAACAACCUCAAAGCACCAAAAGGACUUGGGACAUUCACCGAGAAAUCUAACUGUUAUGAUGUUCAAACCGGAAGCAACGAUGACUGGGGACAUUACUUCUACUACGGUGGACCCGGUAAGAACAAGAACUGCCCAUAACCUAGGCAUGUGUGUAGUGUUGUACUCAACUUUUUAUCUCUCUUUCAGUCUUGUGAAAUCCCUCCUUGUGUAGUAUUAGGCUGUAGUAAAAAAACCAACUAGUGAUAGUCUGUGUAAGCUCUCUAGGUGAUGGGGAAGUUUUGAGUAUUUGUCUGGUUAUUAACGUUAUGAUAAGGUGUUUGUUUGUAGAUGGGGGGAAAUAGUAGGUGUGACUUUAAGUUUCUUAAAAGCUCAAAGAAACUUCAGCCCUUAGUAUAAUUUCACAUUGUCUCUACUUUGUAUGUCUCCCUCUUUGAUCACUCAUUCUCAUUCUCUUUGAUCACUCGUUCUCUUAUGUUUCUCUUU